CUUUACUGUUUUUGUUAUCGAUAAGGCGGUUCUUUUGGAUUUUCAAUUUGGCUUUCUGUUUUUUCAACUUCAGUUCAAUUCAUGUUUAGCCUUCGCCGAGUUCGGAACGUUUUCGCGGCAGCGUUUAUCGGCCAAGCUGCUUAAAUUUCUUCUAUCUUCUAAACGGUUAGUUUUUAUUUGUUGGUAAAAAAUAAAAGUAAAAAUAAAACCUAUUUGUGACUUCCUUCCGGUGAUUAUUAAAAAAAAAAAGAAAAACCUUCAACUGACAAAAGCUGACCGUGAAUGCUUAGCAACCUGAUUCCGAUUCCAUUUCCAAACAGAACGCGCCCCGCAUAAGUAAUUGAGUAAUUUCCAUGCCGCUCAGCCGGAAUUUAACAGUUCUCCCUUAUUAUUCGCUCAUCGUAAACUAAAAUUGAAAAAAGAUAAUAACAAAUGGGCCAUUAUCAUUAUCAGCACAAAUUGCGCAUCCGACAAUCAAAGAUAAACAUCCGUAUCAAUGCGAUCCAUUGCUAAAUAUGUGAUAAGCCGAUAAAAGGAGUGUUAGUGCUAAAUAAAUGUGAAGAUAUUUAGUAAUAUAUAGUGUGUUUAUAAUGAGAUAAUAGGAUCUCGAACAUGCCCGGCACCUCGUAUCCCACGAAUAAUGAUAAUUUCAGCAACGGAUUUCCCAUGGCCACCACACAAAGUGAGCGUCUGUUGCAGGCUCAGAAUCGAAGAAAAUUCAGUUUUCCGGCCACCCUGCAUUCCGCAUCACUUUUGGAGGUGGGCGGUGGCCCUAAAGAGACCACCAGGCGGAGAUUGAGCAAUGUAAGCGAUGCUGUGACCCGAAAACUGUCCUAUACGAUUGGCUGGAAGGCAGCACAGAUUCCAGCGCAGGAUAUCAUUACGCAGGGUCGUUGCCUAUGUGGUCACUAUAUCAAGCGACGUCUGAGAAGAUCAGGUUUGUUCAACAAAAAGUUAGGACUGCAGCGCAUUCGUAGCAUUCUUGGUUCCACCUCCAUGGGCAUUGUACGUGAUGUUUUUCCAGCGGUUCAAGUGCUGGGCGAUGAACUGGAGCGUAUGCAUCCGCGUGUUUACAACGGGGUGGCUCGUCAGAUUUGCCGAAAUCCUGGUGGUGAAUUCCAUACUCCGGAUGCUGUAAGUUUGCUUCUAGGAGCUGUCGGUCGUGAGCUCUUCCGGGUGGAGAUCACAUGGAGUAAGGUGAUCUCAUUGUUUGCCAUUGCCGGAGGGCUAUCCGUCGAUUGUGUACGCCAAGGACAUCCGGAAUACCUGCCCAAGUUAAUGGAGAGCGUAUCGGAGGUGAUCGAGGAUGAGCUGGUGCCUUGGAUAAAUGAAAAUGGUGGUUGGAGCGGCAUCAACACUCAUGUUUUACCUACUACCAACAGCCUGAAUCCAUUAGAGUGGACCACUCUGGUUAUAGGCGUAGUGUUUGGCUUAAUUUUAGUUUUUAUGGUUUUGCGAUUUAUAAUUAACAUGAUUAUACCGAAAAUAUACCAACGAUUUACGAACUGAA